AUGACGCGCGCUCUCACGCAUGCGCGCUCUGGAGGGAGGGGGCUCUGCGCUCCCUGUAGGUCAUCUGAGUGCGAUGUCUAAGGAAAAAGUAGAAAUUCCAGCCCCACCAACAUCAAAAUGUAUCUAUUACUGGAAAAGAAAAGUCAAGUCAGAAUACAUGCGCCUUAGGCAGCUCAAGAGACUUCAAGCAAACAUGGGAGCCAAGGCUUUGUUCGCGUCUAACUACGCAAAGGUUCAAGAAAAGCUAGACAUCCUGAACGAGGAUUGGAAGAAGCUGAGAGUUCAACCUAUUCAAUCAAUGAAACUAGUUGGUGGGCACCCUUUUCUCAAACAGUGCACAGUUGAGAGCACCUUUCCCAACUGGAAUACACAGACACUGUUCAUGAGGACCCUAAAUACCGUAGCUCUGGUGCCCAUCAUGUACUCCUGGUCCCCACUCCAGCAGAAUUUCAUGGUCGAGGAUGAAACUGUUCUGUGCAACAUCCCUUACAUGGGCGACGAGGUGAAAGAGGAAGAUGAAACUUUCAUUGAGGAACUCAUUAACAACUAUGAUGGCAAAGUCCAUGGAGAGGAAGAAAUGCUCUCGGGUUCUGUCCUGAUCAGUGAUGCUGUGUUCCUGGAGUUGGUAGAAGCACUGAAUCAAUACUCUGAGGAAGAAGAAGAUGGGCUCGAUGGUGUUGAAGGCAAACAGGAAACUGGGAAGGAGGAGCUGCCCAUCACCCGCAAGAGGAAGCGGCUUUCGGUGGAAAGCAACAAGAAAUGUUCCAAGAAGCACUUUCCAAAUGACAUGAUCUUUACUGCACUUUCAUCCAUGUUCCCUGAGAAUGGCUUUCCAGAUGAUAUGAAAGAGAGAUAUAGGGAGCUGACAGAAGAAUCCGAUCCAAAUGUGCUCCCUCCUGAAUGCACACCAAACAUUGAUGGACCAUUUGCCAAAUCUGUUCAGCGUGAGCAGGCCCUACACUCCUUCCACACGCUUUUUUGCAAGCGUUGCUUCAAGUAUGACUGCUUCCUACACCCCUUCCAUGCUACGCCCAAUGUUUACAAGCGGAAAAACAGAGAGACUAAGAUUGAAAUGGAACCCUGUGGGCCAGACUGCUUUUUGUGGUUGGAGGGAGCCAAGGAAUUUGCUAUACUACACAACCCACGAUCAAAGUGCUCUGGACGACGUCGACGCAAACACCCCCCACUCAAUGCCCCCUCCUCCUCCUCUAAUGCAUCAGCUUCCACGAGCAACGAAACAAAAGAAGGGGACAGUGACAAAGAUACAGGCAAUGACUGGGCCUCUAGUUCUUCCGAGGCAAACUCGCGUUGCCAGACCCCGACCAAGCCAAAGUUGAGCCCCGCCACUUCACAGCCCUUUAUGUCGGACAUGCCCAUGGAGCCUGUUGAGUGGACAGGGGCUGAAGAGUCCCUUUUCCGCGUCUUCCAUGGGACUUACUUCAAUAACUUCUGCUCAAUUGCUCGACUCCUGGGAACCAAAACAUGCAAGCAGGUCUUUCAGUUUGCAGUCAAGGAGUCCUUGAUAACAAAGCUGCCAACCAAUGAACUCUUGAAUCCCUCCCAAAAAAAGAAGAGGAAGCACAGGCUCUGGGCUGCUCAUUGUAGGAAGAUCCAGCUUAAAAAAGACAAUUCAUCCACUCAAGUGUACAACUACCAGCCCUGUGACCACCCAGACCACCCUUGUGACAACUCUUGCCCUUGCAUCAUGACCCAGAAUUUCUGCGAAAAGUUCUGCCAGUGCAAUCCUGACUGUCAAAACCGAUUCCCAGGCUGUAGGUGUAAGACCCAAUGUAACACCAAGCAAUGCCCCUGCUACCUGGCUGUGCGUGAAUGUGACCCGGACCUCUGCCUGACAUGUGGAGCCGCAGAACACUGGGACUCCAAGGUGGUCCCGUGCAAAAACUGCAGCAUCCAACGAGGUCUCAAGAAGCACCUGUUGUUGGCCCCAUCCGAUGUUGCUGGUUGGGGAACCUUCAUCAAGGAGGCAGUUCAGAAGAAUGAGUUUAUCUCUGAAUAUUGUGGCGAGCUCAUCUCCCAAGAUGAGGCCGACCGCCGUGGGAAAGUGUAUGACAAGUAUAUGUCCAGCUUCCUCUUCAACCUCAAUAAUGAUUUCGUUGUGGAUGCUACUCGCAAAGGCAAUAAAAUCCGUUUUGCAAACCACUCUGUCAAUCCCAACUGUUAUGCUAAAGUGGUGAUGGUGAACGGAGACCACCGUAUUGGGAUUUUUGCCAAGAGAGCGAUCCAAGCUGGUGAAGAGCUCUUUUUUGAUUACAGGUACAGCCAGGCAGAUGCACUCAAAUACGUUGGCAUCGAAAGAGAGGGCGACAUAAUCUGAUUAAUUGUUGCGGCAGAGCGCUCCUGGCCAGCGUCACUUCACCCUAUCCAUGCUGCUUCCUUCAUUGCUGUGUAUGUCAUGAGAGCUUCGUCCCACAUGAACCCCUCUGCAGAGGAGAAAAUGAAGACGCCCACUUCUCCUGUAGUUGUGAGACUCUGACUCCAAGGCCUGUGAAGAAUUGGUGUUGUACGGAAAGAA